UUGCAACUUAAAUAUCUUCCAUGCAGUUCACAGGGUUUAAUUUUAGACUCUGCAUGAGGCGGGCAGCAAACCCUUUCUAGCCGGAGUCAAAGCCAGAGCCUUCCCACUUUGCUCUGCCCUGAGUCAUCGAUCCGACAGAAGCUAUCCUUCCUUUUGAUAUCAGGAGAAGCACACAAAUAAGACAACAAACUACAGAGCGCAAACAUGUCCAACGGCAGGGAGCCCGAUGAACUCAACGAGGAAGACAUCGACGAGGAUGAACUCCUCGCUAUGCUUUCGCCCGAGGAGCUUCAGGAGCUUCAGAGUGAGAUGGAUGUUAUUAUUGCCCCAGACGAGAGAGUGCCGGUCGGACAGAGGCAGAAGGACCAGACAGAAAAGCCUCCGACUGGGACGUUCGACCACAGAUCCCUGGUUGAUUACCUGUACUGGGAGAAAGAGUCCAAACGCAUGCUCGAUGAGGAAAGAGUCCCCGCUACUCUGCUGCCCAGUGAGAAAACUUUGAGGGAAGAAGCUGAAAGCAAAGAAAAAGAAGAAAACACAGACACGGUGAACUAUGAAGAGUAUGAAGUGAUAGAGGAAGUCAUUGAAGAAGAAGCUGAAGGUUCUGAAAACGGAGAGGAAAUCAUUGAGGAGAUAAUCGAGGAAAUUGUUGAAGUAGUUGAUGAGACCGACGAGAAGGACGAAGAGGAGGAGGUGAAGGAGGAGAGGGAGGUGCAGCCACCGGUGAAUAAUGAAGAACAUGAAAAUACAGACAAACAUGUGGAUCCUCAAGAUAACAUUGUGGAAACAGUAAAGGAAAACAAUUCAGAUGGUGAUCAGCCUUCUCCAGAUGCAACGGACAAGAUGGAGAGCUUAGCCCCAGAACCCAGCACAUCACCCCUCGAAGAGAAAGAGGAAAUAAAAACGACAGACUCUUUGCUUCCCAAAGAUGCUCCAGAGGCGCCGCAGAUAAAUGAAACCAGUGAUAAGCUCCCGCCGAAAGAAGAGAGAAAAAUUAACAAAUUAAAUAUCCCGAAGCUGUCUCUGAAUAACAUAAAAAUGACAUCAAGACCUUCAGGAAAUGAGACGAACUUGGAGUCGACGCUUGACAAGAUCCGCAACAACAACCCCUCAAUCAACGAGGUAAACCUCAACAAUAUAGAAAACAUUCCCAAAGACAUGCUCUUGGAAUACGUCAACGGCUUGAAGAAGAACAAACAUGUAAAAACUUUCAGUAUAGCCAACACUGGUGUCGAUGAAAACAUAGCUUACAAUCUGGCCAACAUGUUACGAGAGAAUCGCAGCAUCACGACUCUGAAUAUCGAGUCCAACUUCGUCACGGGGAAGGGAAUCGUAGCCAUCAUCCGCUGCCUCCAAUUCAACGAGACUCUCACGGAGCUGCGAUUUCACAACCAGAGGCACAUGCUGGGUCACCACUCCGAGAUGGAGAUCUCCCGUCUGCUCAAGGCCAACAACACCCUCCUGAAGAUGGGCUAUCACUUUGAGCAGCCGGGGCCCAGGAUGGUGGUGACCAACCUCUUGACCAGGAACCUGGACCGUCAGAGGCAGCAGAGGAAGGAGGAGCAGAAGCAGCUGCAGCUGAAGGAGAAGAGGGAGCUGAUGCAGAUGUAUGAGAACAGUCUGAACCUGCCUCCUGGUUUACUUCAGAUGCUCGGGUACAUACCGCCCAUAGAACUCUUGCAGGAGCACGGGCUCGUCCCACCCUCGGCAGAUAUCAGCGCUUGGCCUCAAACACGCCCUGAGCCAGAGCCAGAACCCCAGAAGCAGCUCAAUCAUAAAGGCAUUCCCGAACAACCCAGCGCUGAACCAGCAAACCCUUUAAGGGACGUGCAGCUGAAGAGGACGCCCAAGAAACGCGACCCUUUUCUGGACCAGGACCCGAGGGAUAACAGGAGAGAAGUGAACCCUGGUUUCCUACUGAGGAAGACUCCCAGGGUGAAGGAGGCGGACAGCGAAGAGGUGACAGAUGAAAGACCCAACCUGACUAAUGUGAUUAAGACCUUGAAGCCUAUCCCUCGCAGACGGCUGCCACCCAAAGUUGACGUCACACCACGCGAUCAGCUCCUGGGCGCGAUCAAAAAGAGCAACGUGGCCUUUCUCAAAGCUGUGCCGCUCCCCAAAGCCCUGGAAUCAAGUGAAACAAGUCUCCUCUGAGGUUAUGACUUUAACUGUACGUCUUCACCAUAUUGUUUAUUUAAAAUAGUUUUAGUAGAAGUUACACCAUACACACUCAGAUGAAUUAUGUUAAUCAAGACACACAAGAAUAAAUGACUGAUUUUUGUUCCA